ACGACAACAGAAACACCGACAACAAAAACAACGACAACAGAAACACCGACAACAGAAACAACGACAACAGAAACACCGACAACAGAAACAACGACAACAGAAACACCGACAACAGAAACACCGACAACAGAAACACCGACAACAGAAAAACCGACAAACCAACGACAACAGAAACACCGACAUCAGAACAAACGACAACAGAAACACCGACAUCAGAACANAACGACAACAGAAACACCGACAUCAGAACAAACGACAACAGAAACACCGACAUCAGAACAAACGACAACAGAAACACCGACAUCAGAACAAACGACAACAGAAACACCUAUAAGUACGUCUACCAUUGCAAGUAUUAAGGAAUACCCAAAUCAAGUGACUGACAAAAAUGUAACGUGUAUAUUAUCGAGAAUGAAGAUUGCGGUAACUGUAUCGUACAACACAACAGACGAUAAGGUCGCAAAGAAAACGAUAAAUGUACCAUCUACCGCAAAAAUUAGUGGUAAAUGCGGUGACAAGGAAUCUACUAUGACUUUCAUUUGGUCUAAUUCUGAGAACACUUUAUAUGAGAGAAUUGUCAACGAGUUUGUUGAUACCAAAGAUGAAAAUACAGUUACUUUCUUAUUCAAAAAGACCGAUUCUACGUUCUCGGUUAAUCAAAUCAUUGUUCAAAUUAUUUUAGAUCCAAAAGUUUUUCCCAAUGCAAAAGACAAAGUGGUAUUACAAAAAACCGAGCCAAAUCAAUCAUUGUUCAGUACAUCUACGAAUGCAAAAUACGUGUGCAGUGUUCCAACAUUUGUUACGACUGAAAACAUGGAAUUAUCGAUCAGCGAUGUCAAUUUGAUGGCUUUCAUAGAAAAUAACAAUAUCUCAUCGAGAUCUGAGGAAAAUUGUGUAGCAACUUCGAACAUUGGUGCAAUAGUUGGUGGUGUUAUCGGUGCAUUGGCGGUUAUCGGUAUCAUUGGAUUUGUCAUCUGGCGACGAAGAAGAAAUUCGACUGCUCGUUCGGAAGUUGCAUAA